CCGCUUUACCCUGCUAAAGGGUUGAGACCGUUAUCACUGCGCAAGCCAUCAUUUACCAGCAGCAGCAGCGGUAGCAUCAACGCUUGUCCACCCCCACCACCCACACCGCACAGCGCCGGCAGCCAUUGCACCAACAACACCACAACCAACAACAACAAUAACUACAACAGCAACACAAACAGCACAGCAACAACAACAACCAAUAGCCAUAGCACAGUAGGCGCAGCCACAUGCAACAAUCACACUAACCAACACAAAGCGAAAGGCAGCGCAGCAACAACAACAACUACAACACAUACAUCAGACGCGCUAGGCACACCGACAGCCAGCAGAAAGGGCAGCACACCAGGCAAUCCAUUGCAGGUGAAAUAUUUCGAAUUCCCACCAAAUCUCGCGCUACUAGCAACCGGUUCAACACCAUCGCUGGCGACAACAACAGCCGUCGCUUUAGCCGCAUCCACCACAAGCACCCCCGCACUCACAUCCGCCACUAAUUCACCCAAACAUUUCUACCAACCACAACAUCACUCACACUAUUACCAACCGCAUUUGCAUCAACAUCAACACCCACACCACCACCACCACCACCACCAUUCCAGCAAAGUCAACACACAUCAACAGUCGCAACAUCAAAUAACACAACAGUCGCGCCAACAUUACCAACACCACCCAAAGCAAUCGCGUGCCGAAUUCGACGCCGAUUUUAGCAGCGAAGCCGAGGAGCAACUAAGCCCACCGUCAGUUCUAAACGAGGGGGGUGUAGAAGUCGUUUUAGCCACGCCACCAGCAAAUAAAAUGGGCCGACGCGAAAUUAAGCGGUCGAACACCAGCGGUUCCACCAUAAAAUCCUACGAUGGUGGUAGCGCAACCACAAAUUUUGUGGGGAAAUUCACGCAGAGUGUCCGUCGCAUUGUACAAGAUGUCAAGGACGAGGGAGCGCCAAGUGGCAUGACACGCGACGAGGUAAUCGAUACGAAUGAACGUUUAAGAGCAUUACGCUUGCGGCUGGAGGAGUCAUAUGAGACGGCUAAGAAAGCACUUAUAACGCUUAUGAAUAAAUAUGGCGAUUCGAAGAGUCAACGUAAUGUGUUCCAGCGUUAUCCAAUGCUAAAGUUGAUGAUAAAAGACGUUAUACGCUUAGAGACGCAAUAUUGGACGCUGAUUGACAUACCCAGGCAGGAGAAGCAAGAGACCGUACCCUCAUAUGUUAUGCGUGCUUGUGCGAUUAUGGAGAAGACACAGAAAUCCGGUGAAGGUGUGAAGACUUCAGCCAAAUUGGCCGAGGAGGCAGCGGAGAAGCGCGAACGCAUGGAGCGUUUGGAAGUUAUGACCACCGCACAAAUCGAACACGAGAACACACAACUCAUAAAUGAUUUAUAUCGACUGCUGAAAAAAUACUUGGGUCUGCGGCAUUUAAUCAGAGUGCUCAAGGAAGAUUAUGGCAGCUCCAAAAUGUAUCCGAUUUUCCCGCGUUACACAAUGCUCAAAGACAUGAUCAAAGGCAUCAUGCACGAUCCGGACUACAUGGAAGUUUGUCAUGAAAUCAACAACUGAAUGGCGCAUUAAAAGCUAAUAGAUGAAAUAAACAAAAAGUAAAGCUAUGAUAGCUAUUGCAUGUAAAAUG